GUCUGCAGGUGACAGAGGAGUGAGAGAUACGCAGCGCCAAGCAAUUAUGGACAUUUAUGAGAUUAACGCGUACGUGGCUUUAUUUAUUUACUAAACAGAGAGAUCCACACAGCAUAUUCUGUUUUUGCAUGCUAGGGUGUUUUUAAUCAUUGUUGUGAGGGCGAUCUGGGAGCACACUGGUGCUAGUGCUAGCUUCUUCAAGAGUGGUAUAUCAACUUAAGGGAAGAUUUGUCAACCAAAGAUGUCAGAAUCGGCCACUGGAGAGGCAAAAGCAGAAGUGAAGCAGGCGAGCAAAGAAGUCAAAGAAAGCGAAAAUGUGGCAGAGAAAUAUUCUGCCAUGACAGUGAGUAAAAACAGCGAGAUGAACAUGGGGGAUCUGACCACUGUCCUCAGCGCUGUGCCCACCCACAAACCUGUUAAAAAGCAAAUCCAGUUUGUGGAGGACAAACAGGAGUUCAGUAGAUUCCCGACCAAAACCGGCCGGCGUUCCCUGUCCCGCUCCAUCUCUCAGUCCUCCACUGACAGCUACAGCUCUGCUGCAUCCUAUACAGAUAGCUCAGAUGACGAGACCUCACCUCGGGACAAAACCCAAGUCAAUGUGAAGGGCAGCAGUGACUUUUGUGUGAAGAACAUAAAGCAGGCCGAGUUCGGCCGACGGGAGAUAGAGAUUGCAGAACAAGAUAUGGCAGCGCUGAUCUCACUCAGGAAGAGAGCACAGAGUGAGAAACCAUUGGCAGGUGCCAAAAUCGUGGGCUGCACUCACAUCACUGCACAGACGGCAGUGCUGAUUGAGACUCUUGUGGCUCUUGGAGCUCAGUGCCGCUGGACUGCAUGUAACAUCUACUCUACUCAGAACGAAGUGGCUGCUGCAUUAGCUGAGUCUGGUGUAGCUGUUUUUGCCUGGAAAGGAGAGUCUGAGGAUGAUUUCUGGUGGUGCAUCGACCGUUGUGUUAACACGGAGGGAUGGCAGCCAAAUAUGAUUCUUGAUGAUGGAGGUGACUUGACACACUGGAUGUACAAGAAGUAUCCAAAUGUGUUUAAGAAGAUCAGGGGAAUUGUUGAAGAAAGUGUCACUGGGGUUCACAGGUUGUAUCAGUUGUCCAAAGCGGGGAAGCUUUGUGUGCCAGCGAUGAAUGUAAAUGAUUCAGUGACCAAACAGAAAUUUGACAAUCUUUAUUGCUGCAGAGAGUCAAUUCUGGAUGGCUUGAAGAGAACCACAGAUGUUAUGUUUGGUGGAAAGCAGGUGGUUGUGUGUGGGUAUGGGGAGGUUGGAAAAGGGUGCUGUGCUGCAUUGAAAGCUUUGGGAGCCAUUGUGUAUAUUACUGAGAUUGAUCCCAUCUGUGCCCUGCAGGCCUGCAUGGAUGGGUUCCGAGUGGUCAAGCUUAAUGAAGUCAUUCGUCAUGUGGAUGUGAUCAUAACAUGCACUGGUAAUAAAAAUGUGGUGACUAGAGACCAACUAGACCGAAUGAAAAAUGGCUCUAUUGUGUGUAACAUGGGGCACUCCAAUACUGAGAUUGACGUGGCAAGCCUUCGAACCCCAGAGUUGACCUGGGAGAGAGUACGUUCUCAAGUUGAUCAUGUCAUUUGGCCUGAUGGGAAGAGAGUUAUUCUGCUUGCAGAGGGUCGUCUUCUGAACCUUAGCUGCUCCACUGUUCCCACUUUUGUUCUUUCCAUCACAGCCACAACUCAAGCCCUGGCACUUAUAGAGCUGUACAAUGCUCCAGAGGGACGAUACAAGCAGGACGUGUACUUGCUUCCCAAAAAGAUGGAUGAAUAUGUUGCCAGUUUGCAUCUUGCUACAUUUGAUGCUCACCUCACUGAGUUGUCUGAUGAGCAGGCUAAAUACCUCGGCUUGAACAAAAAUGGUCCAUUCAAACCCAACUACUACAGGUACUAACUUGAAGGGAACUACUGAUAAAGGAAUGGGCCAUAACUUGUGUAUAUUCUGAAUACCUGGUGUAUUUGAUGUUCUACCCUCAAAAGUCCUUUCCGUUUACUUUAGUUUUACAUACAAAAUAUAUAAAUUAUAUAAGUUAUACAUUGUAUAAAAGUCAAUGAAGUGUGCCAAAGGGAGGAAAACAAACACCAAAUAAUUUAAAUGUUUAGCCUUUUUAAAAAUCAUACCUGAUGUGAACCUGAUACCUGAUAAAAAAUGUUUAAAAUAAUUUAGCAAAAAUGGACAAGUUUUGAGAUGAGCUGUCAAAUGUGAAUACAUGCACUAUACUAUACUAUCCUGUAGUUAUUGAACAGCCAUCAUAGAAUGCCCUACAUUGGUAGUGGUUGUCUAUUAUUUAUUAGGGCGCUUAAAUAGAUAAGCAAAAAAUACAUGUAUCUAUGUGUAAUGUUUGGUAUUAUUAUAUUAUAGCAGACACUCAUUACAUUCCAUUUCAGUGUUUUAAAUAAGACAUUAUUGUAUUGAUUUUUAAAAUAGUUUUUUUUUUUUUAACUUCGAUCCUUGAAUUUCAAAAAGUCUUUUGAAUAGAAUAUAAGAUAGAAGUAUAAAAUAGAUAUACAGAAGAGGAAAUAUCCCUUUAAGACACAUGCUUCACUGAAGUGUGUUGGUGUCCAUUGCUUACUCACAUUAACCAUAUUACCAAUUGUGUAAGUGUAAGUACCAAUUUAGCAUCCAUAUCUUUAAUUGGAAUUAUAAUCUUGUUGUAUAAAUUACAUUAAUGUAACAUGAUUAGAUAGUCAAACUGAAAAAUCCAAGCACUUAUUGCAGUGUUCACAACAGUUUUGAGGUGUUAAUCAAUAUAUGCUUCACUGUAAUUCACUGUAAGGGUCUCACCAUAUAUAUUAUUAUUUAAAUGUCUUAGAUAUUGCAAAUAUUUUUGCCAUUGUCACAAUGUAAUUUCAUACAUUUACAUUUAUAUGAUUUUUUUUUUUUUUACUAUUAUGACAUUUGCUAAGUGCUCAAUUAAUAAACCACAGUCAUUUGAUUAAAUUAUAAUCAUGGUAUCUGGUCGGGAGACAGUGCCUUGUGACUCUCAGUGACUUUUUAAAAUCAUGAUAUGUACUUACAUUAAAUAAAAGUGCAAUAUAUACAGAUAGCUAUGCAGAGACAAUAAUUCAUUUACCUCUCAUCCUUUGUCAGUAGACUGCAUUUGAGUAUUACAGGCCUACUUUACAAAAUAUAUGAAUAUCACUAAUCAUUCAGCACUUAUGCCUUUUAUUUUGGUUAGUUAUUGGUAGAAACAUUUGUGUUAUUAUAGUUAUUACGAUAUAUUAUACUGUAUAACUACUGGAUUGAUGCCAUAUUAAAAACGCCAAAAAAAACUGUGAUAAGGGAGUUGCACACUGGCUGGCUUUAAGUUUCUUAUAUACACAAUAUAGAUUGUAUUAUUAUGUUCAUAUGCUGCCUGUUCUUCAAUAAACCCUUGAUAAAUA